AUGCCUCAGGAUCAAGAUGCCCUGCGCAAAGUCGGCCGCGGCGGGGCAGGCAACUAUGUGCCCUCGAAAGAAGCCGACGAGGCAUUCAAAGACCUCGAAGCGCAGCAGCUAAAAGCCGCCGCCUCCGUGGCAGCCACCCCGUCGCAGCACCCGCACGGCCCCGCAAGGGUCGGCCGCGGGGGAGCAGGCAACUUCAUCGACCCGAAGCACGCCGCGCAGGGAGAGGGCCUGCAAGACGACGAGACGGGCACGGCGGUGGCGUCGAGCCUGAGGGGCCAUUCGCAGCCUCAUCGCGCGGGCUGGUCGGGGAGGGGAGGCGCGGGCAACUUUCACGCGGAUCUGGCUGCCGAGGAGGAGAGGGCGCGGGUGGAGGAGGAUGGGAGGAGCAGGGCUGAGCUCGAUAGGAAGAUCAAGGAGGCGGUUGAAGGGGCGCUCAAGCUGCCGGACAAGGUUCAUCACCAUGUGCACAAGGAGGAUGAGGAGGAGCAGGGGUGAAGGGAGGAAUGUCUCCUUUACGCAUGUUCUAAGAGUCAAGGUUGGAUAUCAGCUUGAGGGACUCACUCCAAAGCAGGACAUUAUACC